AUGGCGGCUCAACGCGAAACAGGAAGAAUGCCCGGCCUCGCCAUCUCGGACAUCCAUUCCUUGAAGAGGAACGAGGCACUGGAGAUUCUUACACAGAUUUCACGCGUCGAGAAAAAGACUUUCCCCACCAAUGAGGCAUUUCCCUUCGGUGAAGAUCUGUGGAGGAAAAAGCCCAACACGCGAGUUUUGUACGCGACUCGAGCCAAGGGAUCACAAUCUGAGCUGAUUGCCUACGCGGUCUAUGUCCGACAGAAGGGCGUUGCGCUUUUGCACAAAGUCUGUGUCACAGAGUCUAACCGCCGUCAAGGUGUCGGCCAGGAGGUGCUGUCCUACAUUCAGCAGCGCCUACAAAAGGAGGGCUGCCAGUAUAUUCAUCUCUGGGUGGACCAGGCCAGGGAGCCUGCACGCGCCCUGUAUCGUCGCAGUGGAUUCGAGGAGCGUGAGGUAAUCCCUGAUUACUACGCCCCUGGACGAACAGGCAUCAAAAUGGUACUCGAUUUAGAUCGUGCUUGUUGA